GUCCUGUUCUCCCCCUUGCGAACUUGACAUUUCACGUCGGCUGGACAAAACACCGCAAAAUGGGUUCCAAGACGGGUCUGGUGAUCGGCUAUGAAGGGGCUCACCCUUUCUCAGAAGUCAACGUCGUGGACCGCGCCUCAGUGCAAGAGCUACUCCGCACCCUGCUCGACCCCCUGGAGCCGUUCUUCUCCCCCAACAAGGCUCGCGUGAGGGUUCCUGGUGCCACAGCUGUACGGUUCGACCAGACGGCCUCCGAGGUCGAGGGGAUAUGCCGCCCACUAUGGGGCCUGGCGUGUUUGUUGGCUGGCGACGGAGACUACAAGGGAAAGACCUGGUGGAUUGACGGCAUCAAGGCCGGCACAGACCCUGAGAACCCAGAGUAUUGGGGUUAUCCUAGAGAUAACGACCAGAGAAUGGUGGAAAUGUGCCCUCUAGGUUUUGCUCUGGCCGUUGCCCCUGAAAUUUGGGGUUCUAUGUCAUCGAAGGAGAGAUCCAAUGUCGAGAACUGGCUGGGUAAUUCUAUCAACGAGAAGAACAUGCCGAAUACCAAUUGGUUGUGGUUCAGAGUAUUUGCCAACCUCGGGCUGAAGAAAAAUGGCGGACAGUUUUCUCAGCAGCGACUGGAUAGCGACAUCGAGCACCUCAAUACCUUCUACCGUGGGGACGGCUGGUCAAACGAUGGCCCAGAACACAUUCAUCAGAUGGAUUACUACUCAUCCAGCUUCGCCAUCCACUUUCUCCAGCUGCUAUACGCCAAACUCGCCGGGAAGGAAGAGCCAGAGAGGGCCGCCGAGUUCAAGAAGCGUGCCCAGGCCGCUGCGCUCGAUCUGGUCCACUACUUUGACGAGGAGGGCCGAGCGAUCCCAUUCGGACGCAGUGUCGGGUAUCGUUUCGCAAUGUGCUCUUUCUGGGGAGCUCUGGCAUACGCAGACGUGGAGCUUCCGAAGCCCUUGACAUGGGGUAUGGUCAAGGGCAUCGUGAUGCGUCAUCUCCGCUGGUGGCAGACACAGCCCAAUAUCUGGAGCUCAUCUGGGACUCUGACCAUCGGAUACUCAUACCCGAACAUGUACAUGGCUGAGAAUUACAACAGCCCUGGAAGUCCGUACUGGGCAUGCCUCGCCUUCAUCUGCCUUGCUGUUCCAGAGACUCACCCCUUCUGGACAUCCAAGGAGGAAUCCCAAUGGGAUGCCAUUCCAAGGUCGCCCAAGCCCUUGAAACAGCCGGGUCAUAUUAUGACAAACCUGGGGGGUCACUGCAUGCUCUUGUCAUCAGGACAGGCAUGCGGCUAUCCCAUGAAGGGCACACACGCGAAAUACGGCUGUUUUGCCUACAGCAGUUCUUACGCCUACUCAGCCCCACCAGGUCUCUUCACUUUGGAGCAGUACGCCUUGGCGUCCCAGCUUGGCCUAUCCGACGACGGCGGCGAGUACUGGAAGACCCGGAGGAUCUCCGACUACGCAGGAAUCGAGGACCGAGAGGGAAAACCGGUGCUUGUAUCAAAGUGGCGACCCUUCCCGGACGUCAGCAUCAAGACCUACCUCGUACCCUCUGAGGAAGCCACGCCGAACUGGCACCUGCGCGCACACCACAUCGAGGCCAAGCGCGAGGUCAUGACGGCCGACGGCUCGUUCGCGAUCUGCAACGAGCGCACACCCGACGGGCGGUUCCUGGACCUCUACGACGCAGAGAAGCUCGAGGGCACGCGGCCCAAGCUCAUAGGCAACUACGACGUGAACACACCCGAGGCGUGGUCGACCGGGGUAGAGGGCGCUUUUGCGGUCUCAAAGGGCGCGGUGGGCAUCAAGGCGAUCGAGGGAGAAGGCGUGGGCCGCAUGGCGACGCUGGUCAACGCUGAUCCAAACUCGAAUUUGGUCGAAAGCCGCACCGUCAUUCCCACGCUGCAGCACACGAUCAAGGCGGGGAGCUCGGUGUGGUACGUCUCGGCUGUUUAUGCCAGGCCGUCAGGAAAGACUGUGGCCAAGGAGACAUACUUGAAUGGAUGGGACAACCCGCCCGCAAUUCCUGGGUGGUUAAAGGCCGAGAUUGGCAAAUAGUUAACAGCAUUGGACAAUUUGACUUUCUAGCAUGAUUGCAUCUAGAAGACGAAUAUCUGCUGCAUAAAUACACCAUCAGCGCAAAA